AUGAGCGAUGAUUUCCUGCGCCUCCUUUUGUUGCGCUAUUGCUUCUGUACUUUGGUUCUGCAUUCUCAUCGCGGAUUUCGUGGUCCCGCCUUCUACCCGGCAGCGCUUCCACCACUUCCAGAAUCGGAGCUAAUGGAGUGUCGACGGCUUCACAAGCUCCUACAGGAGUUAGAACUACUUCUUGACUGUAAAGCAUACUUCCCCGCAGCAGGUUUGUUUCUCAUUUUGAAAUAG